AUGUCUUGGAACGAUCAGCUUGUUGUUCUUAAAACCCAGUCCACUGGCUGCGCCAUCAUUUCCCUUCAGGGUACACUUUGCGCUAAGGAGGGCACAUGGAAGGCCACACAAGAUGAACUCAUGAAGUACACAACAUACUUCGCUGAACCAUCCCCAGCUCUUGCUGGCUUCAUGUAUGCUGGUGAGAAGUUCGUUUGCAACCAGGCUAACAGUGAAAUGGUCUUCGCCAUGAAGGGCAAGCAGGCUGUCGUCCUCCAGAAGACAAAGACACUCAUCGUCGCUGGCUACACAGAUGGACAGUUCCACCCAGCUGCUCUUUCCGCUUCUGUUGGCAAGGUUGCUCAAUACCUUAUGUCAUCAAACCUCUAA